UAUGUAUUUGAGGGAUACAUAUUAUUUUAUACUUUAAUUUUCUUCGUUAGAAAUUUAUGCCUUUUCUUUUGUUUCUCCUAAAAUCCUACUCAUAGAUACACCAUUACAUGAAGAAAAAAAAGGCAAUUGGGGAGCAACAUCCACUGGAAUAAUUCUCUUUCAUCGGAAAAUUAUAUCGUAAUAGGUAAUCAAGAAUGGUUUGGGGCAAUUAUUUGUGCGAUUAUUGUGCAAGAUUUAUUCGACCCUAUUAUUAUGGUGACUUAGUAUGUUGUAAUUUGUGUGGAAAAGUCCUUGAUGAAGAUAAGAGUAAGGAAAUUGAUCCCGCAAUAGAGAAAACAUACGAAGAAACGAUCGAGAAUGACGUAGAGUAUGGAAAGGAUACAACUUACACAGAGAUACGAGAAGAAUAUAAUUCAAGAAGAGUUUGGUGUAAUCAUUGUGUGAAGUCAAUCAGUCAACCCCACUACUUUGUUAACAAAAUAUGUUGUUCCAUCUGUGGGAAAGUCCUCGAAGAUAAUAUCCAUUUUAUCACACGAUAGGUGAAAUUCGAAAAUCCUAAAUAAAGUGAAAGUGUCAUCAUGCACGUGAUGAAAAUUAAUUUCAGAAGAGAGGAGAUUUAUGAAAAAAUAGUUGAAAAUACGAUGAGAGUGCGUGUAUCGCGGAAGGUUGGAGAAUGUGACUAUGUGACAAUUGAAAUAAAUUAAACUAUGUAUUACUUAUGAUCAAUUGAGAUAAUUGUAACAAUUUGAGAU